AUGGCAGCAGCUCCGACUAUUCCAAACAACAAUCCAACAGACACAAACACGAAGCCUUCGCCAAAUCCAUCAAUCUCAACGGCGUCAAUCAACUCGCAGGAUGGCAAAUUCGCACUGCCAGCCGCCGCUAAUGGCAUCCAGGUCAACGGCGAGACCAACACCAGACCUGCAAUACCGGCUAAAAAACCCACAAUGAGCUCGAGGAUAAGUGGCAUCUUUGCUCGGAAAGAAAUAAAAAACAACAGCGAAGCAAGAGACUCUCGCGAGUCGCUCGCAACUCAAGUGGUGCCGGAGAACGCAGUUGUUGGCAAGCCGCCUCCAGCACAGACGGCUGCUUCUCGACCUGCCCCACCUUCGCGCUCGUCGAGUGAGCAGAAGAAGAGUAGCCCAGUGCCCGAUAGAUCGAAGGGCUCUAUCGAUCGAAAGAAAGAGCAAAAGGACAACGCAUCGCACAGAUUCUGGAUCACCGAGGAUGGCAACCACGAGCAUCAGCUAAAAGUCCUAAGACGGCAGGAGAAGCUCACGGAUAUGUUCAAAGAGAUGAUGCUUCUCGGCAAGAAGAAAGAACACCACGAGCAGCCGCUGAGUUUAAUGGCGAACUGGGCCGAUCAGAUGCGAAAUGAGAAGGAAAAAGCAGCGGCCGAUCCGAAGAUGGUCUCCCCUUCGUCCCAGACCUUGGUGCAAAAGUACGGAAAAUGCCAGGAGGUGGUCGGACGUGGUGCUUUCGGUAUCGUCCGUUUAGCCCACAAGACUGACGAGAAGGACCCGAAACGGGAGCAACUAUUUGCCGUCAAGGAGUUCCACCAGCGACCCGGCGAGUCGGCAAAGAAGUAUCAGAAACGUCUCACGUCCGAGUUUUGCAUUUCUUCGGCUCUGAAGCAUCCCAACAUCAUCACAACUCUUGACCUAAUCCAGGACGCGAAGGGCGACUACUGCGAGGUUAUGGAGUAUUGCGGUGGUGGCGAUCUCUACACUCUCAUCCUCUCGGCGGGCCAUCUAGAGGUGCUCGAAGCGGACUGCUUCUUCAAACAGCUCAUGCGUGCAGUCGACUACAUGCACGAGAUGGGUGUCGCUCACCGCGAUCUCAAGCCCGAGAACAUGCUUAUCACUCAACACGGCGCUAUCAAAAUCACCGACUUCGGCAACGGCGAGUGUUUCCGCAUGGCUUGGGAAGAGGAGGCACAUAUGACCGCCGGUCUGUGUGGCUCGGCGCCGUACAUCGCCCCUGAGGAAUAUGUUGACCAGGAAUUUGACCCGAGAGCCGUUGAUGUGUGGGCCUGCGGUGUCAUCUACAUGGCUAUGCGCACUGGUAGACAUCUUUGGCGCGUCGCACAGAAAGGGCAAGAUGAGUUCUUUGAUAAGUACCUCGAAGAUCGCCGCGAGGAAGAGGGUUACAGGCCCAUAGAAGUGCUCAAGAGACGUCAAUGCAGGAACGUUAUCUACUCUAUACUCGAUCCAAACCCGACUCGACGUCUCACAGCUCACCAGGUUCUUCAGUCUGAGUGGGUCAAGGACAUCAGAGUCUGCCGGGCCGGCAAUGAAGGGUUCUAA